AUGGCUGAUCGCAGACGCAAGAAAUGCCAGUGUGCCGCCAUAUUCGAAAGCACGAGGAAGGCAUUCCAUGCGGAUGUGUCGUGGGAUCUCCUCCCUGGGCGUCUGAUUGCGAGGGGCUUCGAGGUUGCGGAUCAGGGUGAACUUGCACUUUUUGCUAUGUGGAGCGCGCCUCGCAAUGUGGAUCAUCACACACGGGGCUGGCACGGCGUGAUCGAUCCUGAGCGCCGGGGCGUCAUCGAGCAGUGCCCCCCCAGUUCCGUUCGGGAACUAACUGACAAAGCACGAUUGGCUGACUAUCUUCUCGAAAACGGUUUUUUGGAUUUUGCGCCUGUUACAAUGAUGAGUAAGCAAGAGCUUAGCUCGUCCAGCUGCGGUCAGGACAUGGAUGAGAGCGGUGUAUGGUUUCUGAAGCACGUCUUGAUGGCGCGUAAUGAAGGAGUGACGGUGCACAAGAAUCGCGAUGCGUGCCUUGAGGCAUGGCUGGCAGUGCCAGAAGCUGAGUGUGGAAAUUAUUUGGCUCAGCAGGGAGUGCCGCGGUUGUUGCUCGACCAAACUGGGCGAAAAGUAACGUUGCGUCUGUACAUCUUGAUAAUGGCGCAUCUUCAACACGCGGUACCCUUCGCUUCAGCAUUUGUGCGCCGCGAUUUUGCUUGUCGCGUACACCCUGACACUUUCGACCCUGAGGAUCCAGAUCCAGAGAAACAUGUUACAUCGACGCUUGGAGUGGCAGGCGUUCAGUACUUGUCUGGAGCCGACUGGGCCCACUGCGCAAGCGUUUGGCCAAACAUUCGACAGAUGAUGUCAGAAUGCCUCCAGCCAUUCCUGGUUUCUUUUGCUGCAAGUGAGAGGCGAGUAGUCGAUGGCCCUGCUGGUGCUCGGUCGCUGACAUUCGAUCUGCUCGGUGCCGACGUGGUCGUUGAUGCAGAUUUCAAGCCAUGGCUUCUUGAGUUCAAUCGCAUGCCGCAGCUUGCUGCGGUGCCUGGCCACACCUUGAUCAGCUCUGCAAGAGAAGCGGUCAUAGAAGAUAUGCUCGGUGCGGUCUUGGAUCAAGUGAUGAAGGCAAGAUGCCUAUGCAGUGCGCCUCAAGACUUUCCGGAGGCAUGGGAUUGUGUAGCUAAAUCGUGUGACUAA